ACGACGCUGUCCAGUCAAUUGGACAGAAAGAACGAAGGAGUAAUAAUGCUGUCUUCGGCCCCUGUCUUUUAUCUUGGCUUCUUUCUGUUCCUCUUUCAUCUGACGAAAGUGUACGGAGGUGGGACACUCGAGAUAAGGUUUAUCAAGUUUGAGAAUCAUGAGGGGAAGGAGGGGAGCGGCGCGUGCUGUGAUGGCGUCUGGUUCGUUUGUCCAAGCAAAUGUGACCAUAAAUUCGACAUCUGCGUGGACAAGAUUGCCUUUGAUGAUGAUCCGGCGAUGUGUUAUUAUGGUCGAAAGGAGACAGGAGUGACCCCUGAUCAGAAUAACAUCAUCUUCUCCGACAACAUAGGCGGGACACCUAACCCCAUGAUCUUCCCUUUCAAUGCUUGGCCGACACAGAACACAGUAAGGAUAAAGCUGAAUGUGUGGGACAUAGAUAGCUUAAACAAGCAUGACCAUGUGGAGUAUUUCGCCAGACUCGUCACUGUUCCUGCAGCAAAUGAGAAGGCCUUGGCCGCGCCAACAGAGGUCGUAUUCCAGUCUUUUGUCAGCUUGACUACAACUCUUAAAGUGUACUGUGAUCCUUACUUCCAUUCACCGAACUGCACCGUGUACUGUCGAGCCAGGGAUGACGAAAUGGGCCAUUACACAUGUGACCGAGAUACUGGUACCAAAAUAUGCAUGGCAGGCUGGACUGGGAGGGAAUGCAAUGAACCAAUUCAAUCUUGUAAGGACAACCCAUGCAGAAAUGGUGGAGCUUGUCGAGAUGACAAGAAUGGUUAUCUUUGUUACUGCAAUUUACGUUACACAGGCAGGAGCUGUGAAAUCGAAUAUCCAUCAUGUACAGAUAGGCCAUGUCCAGAUACAGGAUACUGCUUUAGCCUGGUGACAAAUGCGUACUGUGCAUGCCCUCCUGGGCGACCAGCCAUGGAAUGUGGGCAGGAGUCUGGGAAUAAGGCUAUCAUCGGAUAAACCAAGCGGACCUUCGUUGCUCACACAAGGAAGAUAUCAGACACUUUCGAGGAAGAAAACCAUGUUAUUCGAGUACAACGA